UGAUUGUAAAUUCUAAUAUGUUAAAGAAUGUGGUUUUGAGUACGGAAGUAUUCACAAGGAUGGUAAAUUUACGAAUACUCAUAUUAGAUGGUGUGGUUCUUAGAGGAUCUUUUAAAUAUUUCUCCAAUGAGCUUAGACUUUUUAGGUUGCGUAACUGUCAAUUGAUGAGUCAUAUUCAAUCGGAUUUUCCUUGUGCGAGACUUGUUGAGUUAGACUUGAGCAAGAGUAAUAUCGAAGAAUUUCAACCCAAUAUGCAGCAUUUUGUACGUUUGAGGAUGUUAAAGCUCGAUGGUUGUAAACAACUUAAGAGUACACCAGACUUUACUGGGGCACAAAGUCUUCAGGAAAUAUCCUUCUUUGGUUGUUUAAAUUUGGCGAAUGUGCACUCAUCAAUUGGAAGUUUGGAAAAGCUUGUUAGGUUAAAUUUGAGGAAAUGCAAGAAAUUGAAGGUGCUUCCAACUAGCAUUUGCAAGUUAAAAUCUCUUGAGGAGUUACUUUUAUGUGGUUGCAAGAAUCUGAGGGAGCUUCCAAUUGACAUUGGAAAAUUAGAGCAACUAAGACAAUUACGAGCUCAAGAGACUGGUAUCUCACAUUUACCCUUUUCUUUGGGAUGUUUGAGAAACCUAGAGUACCUGCGGCUGGGAAAUCUUGUGGGUUCAGUAGCUGUUGAUUUUUUACCAUCUUCAGCUGCGAAUUUAUGCUCAUUGGACAGUCUGACAGUGAAUUUCAACAAAUUGCAGCAAGUAGUUAUAAAUUUUCCAAUUGCUCUUUGGAGUUUGACCUCAUUGAGAAAUUUAAGUUUAGAAGGAAUUCGGCAUCUUGAAAGCCCAUUGUUGGACCUUUCUCAUCUCUCCAAUUUGAAAGGGCUCUAUCUCAAGGAUUUACAAAAUCUUAGAGCACUUUUAAAACUUCCACCUAGUUUGAUAAUUUGUCAUGUAGUAAAUUGUGAGUCAUUAGAAAAAAUAUCAGAUAUAUCAAACUUGAGAAGUCUUUACGAGUUGAAUAUUGUGGAGUGCAAAAGUUUGAUUGAGUUUUCAGGCUUAGAGAGUCUUAAAUACUUAACAUCACUUGCGAUAGGACAGCUCAAUGCUAUGCAUGAAUGCUUACAAAUCUCUCUUGAGCUUUCAAUAUUGAAGAGCCUUACAUAUGUUGAGAUAAGAAAGUGCAGUGCUUUGAGGAUUCCUUCCAUUGAAAAUUGGUUCCAGGCACAUUGUAAAGGUAAUACUGUCCCGAUUUCGCUUGAUGUCAUCGGACAAGAUUAUGUAUGUUGCAGUAUUCCAAGACUUUAUUUGAGGCAUACGUCAUCCUUGGAAAUCGUGAACAAUGUUUUUGGUUGUAAUGUUGAGUUUGAUGGAGUUGGAGUUAGUGUGAGAAGCAAAACCACUGGUGCUUGGAUCGUAAAGGAACCUCCGAAACAUAUUAAUAUUAAUGAGUUUGAAAAAAUUGAAUUUGAGGUGGGAACAAGGAUUGGAGAAGUAUUGGAGGUGUAUGCUCAUUUGUAUCUUCUGCAGAUGGAGAAGAUGCUGCUUUGUUUAUUUGAAAUACAUAGAAACGAAGAUGGAGAAGUGCGUUUCUUUCCAUCCACAAGAGACUUGGAAGAAAUUGAUGAUGGAACAACAGACAAUGUCGAUGGAUGUUUGGGUAGUUCACGUCAAAAUGAAAAUAGAUUAAUGAUAGAAGAAGGGCAGAAUGGUUGGAGCAGGAGCAGCAUUGUUUGGGAGUUUAUCCUAAAGUGUUUUUGUUGGGAUGAACAAGGAAGAUGAACAUUAUUAGUACGUACACCUACUUUGAGGAUUCCUUCAAUUCGAUCAAUUAUAUUGAAAAGCACGCAGGUUCUGAAGAAUGAAGAUGAUAGUUUACAGAUUUGCUUCAGCUGGGCUUGGGGUCCGGCCCUUUAUACUACAAUUUUCCAAUACCUUUGGGGUAUGCAUGGCAUGAACAAACAAGGCUUUCCAUCCACAAGGGGAUGGAUUCCUCCAUCCAUGUUCAUGAACCCCAUAAACACGGUUAGAAAAUGCUUAAAUUCUGACUACUUUUUCGACCGCUCACAAAAAUAGUCGAAAAAAGUAACAUUUUUCUAAUUUUUUUUGUCAAAAAGAUCUUCAUCCCCUUAGCCGCGCACACCUAGUUCUUUGCCGUCAAAGUCGCUCGUCGCUACGCCAGGCUCUGGUGUCUAUACUUCUAUUACUCAAAUCUUAAACCCUAAUCCCUAAAUUCCUAAUUUCAUUUAUCCCUAAAUCAUAAUUUCAUUAAGCCCUAAAUUCUUAAGAUAAAGGUUAGUGAAUAGUGAAUAACACCUUCCUAUAUGUUUUUCAUAUAAAUUCUUUUAACCUUCCAACCCCAUAGGUUAAUGAAUUUCUUGCUGGUGCUGGUACUGAUGCCCAUGAUGUUGAUGAGGAAAAUGGUUUUUCUAGACCUUCGAUGAGUUAUGAUGAUAUAUAUGUGGCCUAAGACUCUCCUGGAGACUUCAGAAAUGGAGAUUGAAAGGCCUCUGCAAAGACAUGAUGGUAUGCUUGAACACAAUGAGACACACUCUAGAUGGCCUGAACUUGCCCUGAAGUUAAAGAUGAAAAUGGCCCAAAAUCGAAGCUGAUUUUGAUUUUGUAGUGUUUGAGUGUGCUGAAAGACAAGGAAGAAACUAAGGUGGAGCUGUACAGGUAUUGUUUGGCCUGUUUAGUUCAAGAAAAGAAGGCAUUGUAAUGUCGACGUAAUGUAAUGUCGGAGUAAGGAUUGGGAACCACGUACCCUUGGUUUCUUGAAAUGUAAUGUCGAUGCUGCUAUCCAUUCCACUAGUGCGACCUUUGGUGCGGUUCUUCGUGACCAUGAGGGUCUCUCUGUGGCGGCGCUAACUGGGCAACUGCAUUGUUCUCAGGAUCCCUAUCUAGCAUAAGCUUUGGCUGUGAAGGAGGCGCUUUCAUCGAUCAAGUCGCGUCCGGAGAAUAGAACUUUUAUGGAAUCAAACUGUCUAAAUUUUUGUUCAAAUUUUAAUUCUGUUAGACAAGAUUUUUCUAUUGUUGGUUUAGUUACUAAGUAGUGUUGUUUGAUUGCUUGUGACAUUCGGAACGGUUUGGUUCGUCAUGUCAAUAGGUCAACGAAUCAUGUGGCUCAUGUGUUAGCACGGACAACUGAUUCUUCCUUUGUCAUUAGGGUGUGGGAGUCUAUCCCACCUAGUUGUAUUUCGCAAUUGGUUUUGAUAUAAGGUAUUCCUUUGAUUUUUA